AUGGCGGAGCUGUGGAGCGUCAACGCGAGCGCGCCUUGGAACGACUCCGAGGCGGGCGAGGAGCGCGUGAGCGGCGCGGACUUGCCCGCGGACGGCUCUCCCGCGCUGCGCGUGCUCGUCUCGGUGGUGUACUCGCUGGUGUGCGCGGCGGGCCUGGCGGGCAACGUGCUGGUGCUCCUGCUCGUCAGGGUGCGCGACAGAGGCGGCGGAGGGAAGCGGCGCGCCACCAUCAACCUGUUCAUCGUCAACCUGGCCGUGACCGACCUUCAGUUCGUGCUGACGCUGCCUUUCUGGGCGGCGGACACCCUGCUGGACUUCAGCUGGCCUUUCGGCCACGCCAUGUGUAAGGUGGUGCUCAGCGUGACCGUCAUGAACAUGUACGCCAGCGUCUUCUUCCUCACCGCCAUGAGCGUGACGCGGUACUGCUCCGUGGCAUCCGCGCUGCCGGAGCCCGCCGCCGGGCAGGGGCGUUGGUGCGCCGCACUCUGGGCGGUGGGCGCGCUGUGGGCGGCGGCCACCUUGGCCACCGCGCCUACCGCCAUCUUCUCCACGGUGAGGCAGGUGGCGGGGGAGCGUCUGUGCCUGCUGGACUUCCCGGAAGGAGAGGCGUGGCUCGCUCUCUACCACCUGCAGAAGAUCCUGGUGGCCUUUGUGCUCCCUGCCCUGGUCGUGUGCGCCUGCUACCUUCUGCUCCUGCGCCUGCUGCGGGCGCGCACUUGGAGUGGCAAGCAGGUGAGGCGGCGGGCGCGCGUCACUCGCUCCGUGACGCUGGUGGUCGUGUCCUUCUUCGUGUGCUGGAUGCCCAACCACGCCAUCACGCUGUGGGGGGUUCUGGUCAAGUUCAACGUGCUCCACUGGGACCGGGCCUACUACCUGGCGCACACCUACGUGCACCCGCUCAGUGUGUGCCUGGCGCACACCAACAGCUGCCUCAACCCGGUUCUCUACUGCCUCAUGCGUCCGGAGUUCCGCACCAAGCUCAAGGACAUGUUCUGGAAGAUGGCGUCCCCUGCUGCACCCCGAUCCGCCGCCACCGCGCGCGCACAGCCCGGUGACGUCGCCAUUCCGCUUAACAACGUGGACACGGAGAACUGCCGUCUGUCCGUCCUGACGGAUCACUGUGACCCGGUCCUGACGCUGGAGCCGCACGCCAUGAGUGACGGCGGCGCAGAUGUGGAUGUUUUGAUGAGGAACACUGAAAUGUUUGGACAGGAAGCAACUUAA